AUGGCCCCCGCUGAUGGCAUGCUCGCCCGUCGCAGCGAUGGCAGUUCGACGUCGUUGACAGGAAACACGGCUCAAAUCAUUGGUGUCUCCGUCGCCGCAGCCAUCGCGGCGUUUGGCGCCAUCUUCUUUGGCAUCUACCUCUACCGGAAGAGGUUAUCAGCCAAGAGAGAGAAGAUUCGCGAGUCUGCCUUUAUCAAUGUUCGUGGCUUAGUUCGGGAUGGUUUUCCUUCGCAGUCCAGUUCGCAGACAAGCUCUAGCGAAUCGUUACCCCACGCACGAAUGAGCAACCCUUUGCCCAGAUCUCCCUUGUCCAACAGUGUCACGAUGCCGCCACGGGUGGCUCUCCGCAAGAACGCGACGGAAGAGGAGAUUGUCCAGUACUACUCUUCCCAGGGCAGAUUACCGCGUCCAUUCGCACCUUUCACCGCAUCAAAUGGUGACAGCAAUCGUUUAUCAGCAGUCAGUGCGCUACGCCCUCAGUCCACCGGCUCUUUCUUCUCCAUGGUCUCCUCGUACUCCUCGCGUCGUGGCUCGACCGCCUCCUCCCUCUCUGCAUUCGACGACGGCCACAAGCGCAAAGUCCGCCAGCUGUUCCAUCCCACACUUCCUGAUGAGCUGUUUUUGAGUCUCGGCGAGCGCAUCGCAGUAAUCAACAGCUACGACGAUGGUUGGUGCAUCGUCGGCAGAGACAGCAUGCUCAAGCCAGGCGAUGUCGAGCUUGGCGCAGUUCCUAGCUGGGUGUUCAUGAAAGCUGUGAAGGGACUCAGAGCUGAGCGGCCCAUCCGAACGUCGAGUCUCGGGGUAACCGUCACUCUUGAUGCUCCUGGGCCUAGGCAAGAUGUAAUCUCCUGGUCGAACUUUUCGUAG